AUGAGUUUAAAAUUGUACUACGAUUUUAUGUCACCACCCUGUAGGGUUUUGUAUGUUUUGUUAAAAACAUCAAAGUGUAAUUUUGAACCGAAGUUGUUAGACAUGGGAAAAGGACAUCAAUUGAAGCCUGAGUAUGAAGCGAUAAACCGGUUCAAAAAGAUUCCUGCUAUUGAUCACAAUGGCUUUAUUUUAAUGGAAAGUGUUGCCAUAACAAAAUAUCUUGCUAGAGAGAACAUGAUAUCCAAAACUUUAUAUCCAGAAGACAGCAAAGGACAAGCAAGAGUGGAUGAAUAUUUAGAAUGGCAACAUGUUGGUUUAAAAUUACCUGGUAACCUGUUCUUUAGGACUGCGUUUAUAAACCCACUUUUGACCGGGAAAAGUCCAGACCCCAAGCAAGUAGACAGCUAUAAACAGAAAAUGAUAAAUGCACUAGAAGAGUUUGAUACACUAUGGCUUGGAUGCAAUAAGUUUGUGACUGGUGACACUAUUAAUGUGGCUGACCUCUUUGCUGCAGUGGACCUAGAGCAACUAAAACUACCUAAUUUUGAUCCGACGGCGGACUUUCCGAACAUUGCAAAAUGGUGGCCUAAAGUUCGGGAGCAUUUUAAUCCGUGUUAUGACGAAGCACAUGUUAUUUUAAAUAAAGUAAUUAAGUUAAAUGCUUCUAAGUUGAAUAAAAAUAUAAAAUGA